GUAUGCUAUAAACAUACUAAUGUUAGGUUAGAAAAAAUCAUACAUACAUACAUAUAUGUGGAUACUUUGGUUAUUAGACCGCAGCAUUGUAAAACCCUUCAUUUAAAUAGCGCGAGUAUUAUUUGAAUAUUCCAUAAAUCCGGUGAAUCUUGCAGCAGACAGUGAAAAAGGUUUUUUUUCUAAAAUGUGGAAGAUCCGUUACAUUAUUUUAACCUGGCUCGUAUGCUAUUUAACAUCGGCACAAGAAUACUUACCACCCAAACCAAAUGGAGGAGGGGGCAAAAAACCAGUAUCGGAACCAACACUGCCAGUAAAUUAUGAGUUUACUUAUGACGUGCAAGACAACGCCGUCUCUUUAGACUUCGGACACUCGGAGAAACGAAAAGAUGACCGGGCGUCUGGAUCAUAUCACGUGCUCUUACCCGAUGGCAGAACUCAACUAGUGGAGUACGAAGCUGGCCCAGAUGGAUAUAAACCACAAGUAAUGUACAUGGGUACAGCUACAUAUCCCACUCAGACUGGAACUGGGACAGGUGGUGACAAAUUCGAAGGUUACCAUUACAACGCAGCAUCGAAUAGACAAAGCGUAAGACAAUCUGCUCGCGGUGGAGCUCGCCAACCCCCCAUCGCUCCCUCGCCAGCUCCCGCUCCACCCGUGCUAUACGCUCCGGCCGAAAAUACCACAGAGUAAAAUACUUAACGUAUGUAGCCUAUACGAGAUUACGAUUUUAUUAACUUUCGGAUAGUUACAGAAAUAUUUAUUUAGAAUAAAUCUGUAAUGGGUAUAAAAAUAACGUUAUAAUACAUGUAUAUUACAUUUAGUAUUCUCGUGGCUUGACCGUUUUUUUUAUAAAGGUAUAUUCGGUAGGUCUAAUAACAGGUCGUAAAUAAUGCUAA